GGCGGGCGCCGCCGGAUGACGUCGCGGGCGGGGGCGGGCGCGGGGGGAUGGCGUCACUGCCGCGCGCCGCGGUGCGGGCGCGAUGGCGGCGCUGGGCGGGGAGGGGCUGCGCCUGCUGUCGGUGCCGCGGCCGGCGCGGCAGCCCGAGGCGGCGGCCCUGAGCGGCGCGGGCGCCGGGCUGUGCUGCUGGGUGUCGGUGUGCUCCUGCCUCAGCCUCGCCUGCUCCUACGUGGGCAGCCUCUACGUGUGGAAGAGCGAGCUGCCCAGGGACCACCCCGCCGUCAUCAAGCGGCGCUUCACCAGCGUCCUGGUGGUGUCCAGCCUGUCGCCCCUGUGCGUGCUGCUCUGGAGGGAGCUCACGGGCAUCCAGGCACACCCCUGCUCACCCUGAUGGGCUUCAGGCUGGAGGGCAUCUUCCCGGCGGCGCUGCUGCCGCUGCUGCUGACCAUGAUCCUCUUCCUGGGCCCCCUGAUGCAGCUCUCCAUGGACUGCCCCUGCGACCUGGCGGAUGGCCUGAAGGUCGUCCUGGCCCCGCGCUCCUGGGCGCGCUGCCUGAGCGACAUGCGGUGGCUGCGGAACCAGGUGAUCGCGCCCCUGACGGAGGAGCUGGUGUUCCGGGCGUGUAUGCUGCCCAUGCUGGCGCCCUGCACGGGCCUGGGCCCCGCCGUGUUCACCUGCCCGCUCUUCUUCGGAGUCGCGCACUUCCACCACAUCUUCGAGCAGCUGCGAUUCCGCCAGAGCAGCAUGGGGAGCAUCUUCUUGUCUGCGGCGUUCCAGUUCUCCUACACGGCCGUGUUUGGCGCCUACACCGCUUUCCUCUUCAUCCGCACAGGACACCUGAUCGGGCCGGUGCUCUGCCACUCCUUCUGCAAUUACAUGGGCUUCCCCGCCGUGUGCGCAGCGCUGGAGCACCCGCAGAGGCGGCCCCUGCUGGCGGGCUACGCGCUGGGCGUGGGGCUCUUCCUGCUCCUGCUCCAGCCCCUGACGGACCCCAAGCUCUACGGCAGCCUCCCCCUCUGCGCGCUUUUGGAGCCGGCGGGGGACUCAGCGGCUCCCCUCUGCUCCUGACCCGGGCUCCUAGGCACACACCUACGGACUCAUGGCUCCCCAGCCCACCCUGCCCGGGGUAGCGCAGGGGUGGAGCUGGCCGGGGUCCCCGAGAUCUCAGGAAUUUUUGUAGGGGAUUGAAGCCAGAGCGAGUUGAAUCCCAGGGACCAAGAGAAAGGAGCGCACCCUCGGGGCUUGGGGCAGGCGGCUGGGAGUGGGGCCGGGGGCGGGUCCCAGGAGCCUCGCACUCCCCUCUGGACUGGUGCCCGCCUCUGCCCCUCAGAGUCACUGUGGGGGCACCGUGUGUGCGGGCCCUCCCCCACACCCUAGAGUUUUCUCAGCGUCUUUUUGCAUCAGGACUUUGUAUCGGGAAUUAAAGAGAUUUAACUUGGGUAA